GAAGAGAAGAUGCAACGGCAACGGCAACGGUUGCUAUUUACGGGCUUCAAUGCAUUCGGCCAGACUAACAAAGGCAAUGACUGCGCCGCUGCUGACAACAUUGUAUUCAGCGAUGUGGAUACACCUCACCCCGGAGACAAUUGCUUAAUAGCCCUAAGCUGGCACUACACUGCCUAUGCUGUGGAAGAAAAAAUCUGGCUGCGUGGUCUGCUUGAUAACGAUCCAAAUGAAUGCCUGGAAGUCGAGGCUCCUGAUCGAAUUCAGGCUCUGGCCGCUACUGAUUCACAUUGCUUAAUCUUGCUGCAGAAUGGUGAUCUCUAUAAAUUGCAACCCCAUUUAGAGGCCACAUUGCAACGCAUUCAAUUGGAAAAGACGACACUAAAAACCAAUACACCAGUUAAAAGAUCUAUAUUUGGUUUACCCAAAGAAUCUUCUACUGUAAUCACUCACAUUGCCUGCGGAACGCAAAUCAAUGUGGCCAUCAGUAGUACCAAUGCUGUCUAUAGCAUUCCCAGUUGUCUGUAUCAAUUUCCCGAACGUCAGUGGCGUGUCCAGCAGUUGAUAUGUGGUCAUGAGCAUGCCUUGCUUCUCAAUGGAAAUGGUGACAUCUACUCCUGGGGUAAUGGACUUCGAGGCCAGCUGGGUCAUUCCGUACUGGGAAUGGAGGAGACGCCACUGCUUGUGGAAGCGCUGGCUGGUAUCAAAAUAACAUUUAUUACUGCGGGCGGUUGGCAUAGUGCUGCGAUUUCGGCUUUUGGAGAUCUCUAUGCAUGGGGCCAUAAUUCCCAUGGUCAGAUGGGCAUGCGUGUUAUGAAACCGGGGGGCCUCCUAAAAGAACCCACCGUUUAUCCCCUACCUCAACUAGUUGAAUUACCAAAUACUGAGUGCUGCUGUCAAAGUGAAUCCCAUGAGGAUUCGUGUGCACCUCUUAGAGUGUAUGCGGGAUCGCGUCAUACCCUGCUACUGCGAAGCUGCGGCAAAUUAUGGGGUUCUGGAUGGUCCUAUCAUGGACAACUGGGUAAACAGCAGCGAAAUGUUCAAUUUUUAGAUGCGUUUCAAUCUAUAAACGAUAUUCGCUUAAAUCUUGACUGUGAUAUAAAGUGUGGCCCAUGGGCAACCAUGAUCAGCUACUUAAGACCGGAGGAAGAAUCUGGUUUAGGUUUAAAAUUGUAGACAAAUGAUAUCCAAAAUAUAGCCAAGCUCUCUUUAAAUAACCGAAA